AUGGCAGCAGCAAGUAAAGCCGGUUUGGAAUUAGCCACAUUUGGUGCUGGUUGUUUUUGGGGUACAGAGAAAUUUUUUCGCAAACAAUUUGGAGAUUAUUUAAAGUCAUUCGCCGUUGGUUAUAUGGGUGGUUCUUCCAAAGCUACCUACCAAGAUGUUUGUACUGGUACAACGAAUCAUGCUGAAGUCUUACAAGUAUCUUACGAACCUAGCCAAUUGGCAUAUAGUGACUUAGUUCGCUUCUUCUUUCGUAUGCAUGAUCCAACUACUUUGAAUCGACAAGGAAAUGAUCGAGGCACUCAAUAUCGUUCUGUUAUCUUCACUCAUACCAAAGAACAAGAAAAGAUUGCAGAACAAGUACGUGAUGAAGUACAAGCUAGUGGUAAAAUCAAAGGAAAAAUUGUUACGCAAAUACAACCCGCCGAUGGUCUGCAGUUUUUCGUGGCCGAACCUUAUCAUCAACGAUAUCUAGAGAACCAGCCUGAUGGUUACUGCAACCAUAAACUGUACUAUUAA